GGGAAAACCCUGCUGUGCUUUGCCUCAGCGUUUUUAUUUUCGAGGAAUAUUACACAGAAAAAGGGAAGAAGCCCAUAGUUUCACCGGACGUGCUAUAAGAGGGUUUAGGUUUUCCAGAGAAUGGUAAACGAUCGAUGGAAAAUCAUGAACAGUGUUUCGGAACUCGACGAUGGACAGCAGCAGAAGAACCAGAGGAUGAGCUGCAGCUACCUUCUGUGCACCAUCCUCCUCUUCGUUGCUGUGCUAUUGGCUGUCACAGUAACGGGAACCAUCCUCUUCAUGAACCACUACCAAGCCCCACCUGUCUCAGAUGGCCCACCACUUAUCAGCACUAAUCAGGAAGAGGGGAAUGCCUUGGUAACCGUAGAAAGGGGCGAUGGCUCGCGCAUCAACAUCUUCAUUGAUCCCAAUUGCCCUGACUACAACAGCAACUUCCUGCGCCUGGAGGGCGUGCAGACCUCACUACUGCACUCACUCACUGACCACGACUCUGACCUGAAGUCAGUGAAAGGUCAGGACCGUGCCCUGCUGGUAAACCUGGCUGAAGAGGUGGCCAAGCUGUCUGCCCAUGCCAGCCAGCUGAAGAUGGAGUAUGAGUCCCUGCGUCGUGGCCAGGGGAACCUGGGUCAGGAGCUGAACACCCUGCAGACAGAGCAGGGCCGGCUCAUCCAGCUGCUGUCGGAGAGCCAGAUCAACAUGGUGAAGGUCGUGAACUCAGUGAGUGAUGCCCUGAACUCAAUGCAGAAGGAGACAGGCAGUAUCAAGACCAGGCUAAAGGCAGACCUGCAGAGGGCCCCAGUCCGUGGAGCUCGACCCAAAGGCUGUGCUAAUGGCUCCAGGCCUCGGGACUGCAGUGACAUUUACGCAAGCGGACAGAGAGAGGACGGUAUCUACUCCAUAUUCCCCACGCACUCCCCCGCUGGCUUCCAGGUCUUCUGCGACAUGACCACAGAUGGGGGUGGCUGGACGGUGAUCCAGCGGCGAGAGGAUGGAUCAGUCAAUUUCUUCAGAGGUUGGGAUGCGUACCGCGAAGGGUUCGGGAAGAUCACUGGGGAACACUGGCUUGGUUUGAAGCGGAUCCAUGCAUUAACCACUCAAGCCAACUAUGAGCUGCGCAUCGACCUGGAGGACUUUGAGAAUAGCACUGCCUUCGCACAGUAUGGGACCUUCGGCGUGGGAUUGUUCUCGGUGGACCCAGACGAUGAUGGCUACCCUCUAACUGUUGCUGACUACUCAGGGACAGCAGGGGACUCAUUGCUGAAGCACAACGGGAUGAAGUUCACCACGAAGGACCAGGACAACGACCAUUCGGAGAACAACUGCGCCUCCUUCUACCAUGGGGCCUGGUGGUAUCGCAACUGCCACACUUCUAACCUGAAUGGACAGUACCUGAGAGGCCAGCACACCUCAUAUGCUGAUGGAAUCGAGUGGUCCUCCUGGACCGGUUGGCAGUACUCGCUCAAGUUCACCGAGAUGAAGAUCCGACCAACUAGGGAGGAGAACAAGUGAAGCGGCGGGGGAGCAGGAGAAAACAUCCUUGAAAAAAAAUUCUGACAACUGGGUUGUCUUUGUUAGAGACAUCGAUUGUUGACUAAUGAGGACUUUUUGAUGAUUUAGUAUUCUCUCUCUGUUUCAUGUGGACCCUAAUUUGCCCUCCCCACCUACGGUCCUUCCCACUAACUCACCAUGGGGCUGUGUUUUGCUGCAGCAUAUUGAGCUCUAGGUCAGCACUCUUACAGUAAUGAUGAUAUCGCUAUUCUGAUGGAUGAUUUCAUGCAUUAUCACACCCAUCCUCUGUGUUGCUCCUUUUCGAGUGGCUUUAGAGAUUAGCACAGGUAACUAUAGUUGUACUUUUCAUUUAACACAAUGCAGACUAGACAUCUAAUGGGGGUCAAGUCUCUUUGGAAAAUGGUUUGAUUCCUCUGUUAUUUGUUCAGGUUUUCCUUUCUGGGAUUGUGUUUGUCAGUUGAUGUCGAUUGCACCAUCUAUCCAACCCAUAAUCCAGCCUGUAACAUGGUUUCUCAGACUGAAUCUGCUAUCACCAGAUCUGCAGUAAAUAGAAAUGGCCAUUUACUGACGAUGUGAUGAAGUCAGAACAAAAGGAGACCUUGCUCUUGAAUUCAGUAAUUUUCCCUAUAUUCAAAUCUCAAGCUGCAUGUCCAUUAAUGAAGUGGAAGGGUGGUAGUGGUUGGAAUUAGGAAUCUGACAUUAAAACAGAAGACACAGAUAUACUUUAAUACAAAAAAACAAUCCAACACCGUAAGAUCUAUAUGAAUAUCAGACUGACACCACAGUAUAGGAGACAAAUGCAGAAUUUAAAUAUACCCUAGUACAGGAGACAAACCAACACCAUUAUACAUAAGCAAUAUGUAAACCUUAGGAAAGGAGAAAAACCAACACCUUAACACAGGAGCAAUACUUAUAUCUUAGUACAAGAGACGAACUAACACCUUAACACAGAAGCAAUACAUGUACCUUAGCACAGGAGACAAACCCACACCUUAAAUCAUGAAACACACCAGCACCUUGCGCUGACAACAUACCAUCUUAGUAGAGUAAACAUGCCAGCAUCUUAAA